AUGUUAAGGUAUACUACUACUACUACUACUACUACUACUACUACUACUACUACCACUACUACUACUACUACUACUACUACUACUACUACUAUUACUAUUACUAAUACUAAUACUAAUACUAAUACUAAUACUAAUACUACUAAUACUAAUACUAAUACUAAUACUAAUACUAAUACUACUAAUACUACUAAUACUAAUACUAAUACUAAUACUAAUACUUCACUUGGUAUUGCUUUGCUUGUAUCUUCCUAUUGA